GGCCAGAACCUACCACCGUGGAGGAGCGUCUUCAUCUAAAAAGGGAAAGAGCCACAGUGAAAGCAUGGCGGUGGAAGAGGAAGGUCUCCGGGUUUUCCAGAGCGUUAAAAUAAAAAUAGGGGAAGCAAAAAACAUCCCUCCAUACCCGGGGCCAAACAGGAUGAGGGACUGCUACUGCACCGUCAACCUGGACCAAGAAGAGGUGUUUAGAACCAAGAUAGUGGAGAAGUCGCUGUGUCCGUUUUACGGGGAGGACUUCUACUGCGAGAUCCCACGCAGCUUCAGACAUCUUUCCUUCUACGUCUUCGACCGGGAGGUCUUCAGGAGGGGCUCCAGCAUCGGCAAGGUCGCGGUGAAGAAAGAGGACCUGCAGAAAUAUCACGGGAAAGACACCUGGUUCCAGCUGCAACCCGUCAGCGCUGACUCAGAGGUGCAGGGAAAAGUGCACCUGGAGCUGCGUCUCAGUGAAGUCAUCACCGACAGCGGAGUCAUCAACCACAAACUGGCCACACGAGUUUUGGAGUGCCAAGGUCUUCCGAUUGUCAACGGCCAAUGUGAUCCCUACGCUGCUGUCUCUUUACUAGGUCCCUCAAGGUCUGAAGCCAAGAAGACGAAGGUGAAGAGGAAAACCAACAACCCACAGUUUGAGGAGGUGUUCUAUUUCGAGGUGACGCGGCCUUUGAGCUACACAAAGAGACAGUUUGAUGUUGAAGAGGAGGAUGUGGACAAACUGGCCCUGAGGGUCGACCUGUGGAACGCCAGCAACCUGAAGUUCGGGGACGAGUUCCUGGGAGGCGUUCGGGUUCCUCUGCGGGUCUUGGGUCAGGCUGGAGUCCACGACGCCUGGUACUUUUUGCAGCCCAGAGAGAACGGAGGAAAGUCGGUGAAGGUGGAAGAGCUCGGCUCUCUGCGUCUGAACAUCGUUUACACUGAGGACCACGUCUUUCCCUCUGAACACUACACGCCCCUCAGAGAUCUGCUGCUGCACUCCGCUAAUGUCGAGCCUGUGUCGGCGUCAACGGCUAAUAUUCUGGGGGAGGUUUGUCGAGAGAAACAAGAAGCUGCCAUUCCACUCGUGCGUCUCUUCCUUCAUUACGGCAAAAUAGUGCCUUUCAUCAGCGCCAUCGCUCACGCUGAAGUCAACCGCACACAGGAUCCAAACACCAUUUUUCGGGGAAACUCGCUGACUUCUAAGUGCAUUGAUGAGACCAUGAAGCUGGCGGGAAUGCACUAUCUGCAAGUCACACUCAAACCAAUCAUAGAUGAGAUCUGCACGGAACACAAGUCUUGUGAAAUCGACCCGGUGAAGCUCAAAGAGUCGGAGAACCUAGAGACGAACAGGGAAAACCUUCGUCACUACGUAGACCGCAUCUUCAACGUUAUCACAACCUCUGGUGUUCGCUGUCCCACCGUCAUGUGUGAUAUCUUCUUCUCUCUGAGAGAGUCCGCCGCCACUCGUUUCCAAGUCGACCAAGAUGUCCGAUACACAGCAGUGAGCAGUUUCAUCUUCCUGCGUUUUUUUGCUCCAGCCAUCCUCUCACCAAACUUAUUCCAUCUACGGCCGCACCAUCCAGAUCCCGCCACCUCUCGAACCCUCACCCUCAUCUCCAAAACCAUCCAGACCCUCGGAAGUCUCGCCAAGUCGAAAUCUGCCAAUUUCAAAGAGUCUUACAUGGCUGCAUUUUACGACUACUUCAAUGAGCAGAAAUAUGCAGACGCUGUGAAGAACUUCCUGGAUCUCAUCUCCACGUCUGGAAAAUGGGAUCAGAAGAGUAUUGAGACACCAAUCAUGCUCAAAGAAGGAUUUAUGAUCAAGAGGGCACAAGGGAGGAACCGGUUUGGAUUGAAGAACUUCAAGAAGCGAUGGUUUCGACUCACCAACCAUGAGUUUACCUACCACAGAACGAAAGGUGAGGGAGCUUUAUGCAGCAUUCCCAUAGAGAACAUUCUGGCUGUGGAGAGGCUGGAGGAGGAGUCUUUCAAGAUGAAAAAUAUGUUCCAGGUUAUUCAGCCAGAGCGGGCACUCUACAUCCAGGCCAACAACUGCGUCGAGGCACGUGACUGGAUCGACAUCCUGACCAAAGUCAGCCAAUGCAACCGCAAACGCCUGAGCGUCUACCAUCCUUCAGCCUACCUCAACGGCCACUGGCUCUGCUGCAAGCUGUCAGCAGACGCAGCCCCGGGGUGCACGCCCUGCACCGGCAGUCUCCCAGCAAAUAUCCAGCUGGACGUAGAUGGAGACAGAGAGACUGAGAGGAUUUAUUCCCUCUUCAGCACGUACAUGACCAAACUGAUCAAGAUGCAAGAGGCGUGUGGCAGUAAAUCAGUGUACGACGGCCCCGAACAGGAGGAGUACUCCACCUUUGUCAUCGAUGACCCCCAGGAGACCUACAAAACCUUGAAGCAGAUCGUGUCAGCUGUGCAGACUUUGGAGCAGCAGCACACCAAGUACAAACGGGACAAGUUCAAGAAGACAAAGAUAGGCAGCCAGGAGCAUCCAAUUGGAGACAAAAGUUUUCAGUGCUACAUCCGGCAGCAGUCCGAGAGCUCCACCUACUCGAUCUAGCCAUGGAACUGUAAACUGUUUCUAUGAUGCCCAGAACCAGCAAAUUUUUCGUUACUGCAAAAAAAAUCCAUCCUGACAAAGCUCGGUGGCUGUGUAGCUGGACUUGUUUUUGCAGUGUCUCAAAAGUGCAUCGCUCCAAAUUUGGAGAAACAGACCUCAGACCAGCAAGAAAAAAAGAGGAACAAUUGUGGAGGGAAAGGAGGGAUAUGAAUGAAGAAAUCAUCAUACCGUACAUCUGUUUCCUCUCUGUGAUGUGACGAGAGAACAAACGUUUUCACUGGACAGCUUUUUGACAGUGACCAACACGCACUUUAAUCGCCUCCAAAUCUGUAUGAUCAAGCCUCGCAGCACACUUUCAAAAAAAAGCUUCUUUUACCUGUUUUGAUUUGUAUUUGGUUGUUUUAAUGGUUGUUGAAAUGUUCCAUUGUAUUUCACGUCAUGACAGACCAAACUCUAGAUGGAAGGAAAGACUGCAGUUUUCCCCUCUUGAGGCGGUGUUGUUCCCGUGUAUCUUUUAUUCUAUUUUAGCUUUGCUCCCCUCUUCAACCUCCUCAGGAAGGCUGUGAAGGUCGAGGGGACUCAAGAAGGGAUCGUCGGGACCAAGCACAGCCCAGAGCAACUCGAUGUUAGCUAUCGAAAAUCACUUCACGCACAAUUUUACCCCUCAUUUUUUAAUCCUUAUCAACGGUGUGCUAACUGAUGUAUAGGUUCAGGUUGUCAUGUUUCAUUUGAAGCCUUGUUCUGUUGUGGUUGGAUAUUGUGCCCGUGUGUGAUCAGUACCCACGUUGAAGGAAUAGCAUGGCGAUGUUUUUCUUUUUUCUUUUUUAACCUAUUUACACUGAGUGUUUGUAUGCUGCUUGAGAGUAUGUUGCUUAGCAUGAAUGAGUUCAUGGAUGAAACAGCUUCUCUGAUUAGUGGAGCCCAACUUGAUUGUGAAUAUAAAUUAAACUUUAUUUAAGUUCAAAGCCACUUUUGCAGGGAAGAAUUAGUAGAUAAACUAAAUAGAUAAACCACUAUCUGAUGUGAUUUAAUACAACAACUCAGCCAUUAUCUUAACAGAAUAAUGGUCAGUUUUUGUUAGCUUUGUCAGAAAUACAUAAAUUUCAUUAUAUGUCAUUUACUGGGCUCAGAAUUAGAGCUGUUGGUAGUGGACUUUAUAUUAAAAGGAGCUCUAUUUUUCCUUUUUUACAUACAUGAGAGGGAAAGAAUUUAAGAAUACCUUAGAAUAUAAUGCAGUCCAGUACAGUGCGUCCAUGACAGUGUUAAAAACUUGCAUCACGGGCAACAUAAAGAAAGCUCUUUAUUGCAGAACAGCUGUGUUGUUUAUGUAACACUGCACAGGUGUUGCCACAACCUCACUGAACCUAUAGACCCUUCUGACCUGGAGGUCUGGAGCCCAGCUGGAAAUCUAACCUCGUUUGACAUACACAUAUAUUAUGGGUGGAUAAAUGUUCCAGAAAAGUGUUUUUAGCCAUAUUGUCAUUGUUGUAGGUCUAUCUGCAUGGAGCUGAUACUUUUCCCUGACAUCCAGCAUUUUGCUAAGACUAUCAUUCAGCAUACACUCAAAGGCAUUUGCUUGUUUCACUCUGUGUAAAUAAAAAAACAGUUAAAGCCGAGCUUCCCCUUCAACUAUCACAAAGCAGCGACUAUGUGUUCACACAUAAUGGGGGUGUUUUUUAGCUUUUCUUCUAAUUACUCCAUAUACUAACAUUUUUACCAGUCUCUUCUCAAGUUAUAUUUGUGAAAUGGAUAGUGUGUGACUGAUUGUGUCGCCCCGCUGGCUGCCUAAUAACGUGGUUCUUCUGUUCUGUGAGUAGCUCUUUUUUACUUUAGAAAAGCUGCCCCCCUUGCAGUUUAAAACUUAUUUAUAUGCAUUCCUCUCUGAGAAGCUGUCUUGCUGUGUGAAUCUUACCAGACGGCACCUCCAUUUCCGUUGAAGGUACAGGAUUUAUUAUCGUUAUCCAGUUGUGUUGUGUUGCUUCAUGCUUUCCAAAGGCAAACACUGUCAUUGACAUUCAUUUAGCACUCACUCUCGCCAAGUGCAUGUGAAGUGUAGUUGUAGUCUCAGCGAGCGUAGCCACAGACGACUACAAACCACAGACAAAUUUUGUAUUUUCCAGUACGUGUUUAUGUAGCCUCAUGGGUGUUUCCCGUGAUCACAGGAUCCCUAACAGUGCCAGUCAUCACUUUUCUAAAAUUCACUUUUUUGAAAAACAAACAAAAAAAGAAGAAGAUUAUUGUUUAGAUAUGUUUUUUUAUAUCUCAGAACCUAUAUUGUUUUAAAAACAGCUGAGCAGUUAUUCCAAUGACAUGUUUUGUUUUGUUUUUCUUUGUCGAAUAUGUUGAUCUACAAACUGUAAGGAAGGUUUUCAACAAUUUGACUCCGUUUUCUAUCUUCUGAACUGAAUGACUGAGGUGCGUGUGUUUUGUGUGUGUGCAUCGGUGUGAACACGAGUGACUGACAUGACGGGUUGUAUUGCCAAUUGAUUUAACCCAGUGUUACAGGUCAGGAAAAGCAGUGCCACUUGUUAAACAACCACUGCCUGUAAUGAAACUAAAGACACUGUUACUCUACUCUUUCCUCUUGUAUAGAACCACUGUUCCUUUGCCAACACAUUCUCCCCCAAACAUUUUAUGUACAAAAAUGAUGAAACGUUAAGAGAGCAGCGUCGCUUUAACCUCUAAACUUUGGUGAGUGCUUGUUUCCACCAGUUACUAACUCUCCUCAGGUUUAUGAAUAAACUCAUAUUUAUUAUAAUUUUACAGUAAGAAAAAGAACCUUCCCAGAAAUAUUAGCUGACUUGAUGCAGUGAUGGCAGUUACAGUAAUGACAACUCCUCCACCCCGCAGCCCACAAAGGAAUGACUUAUGCAAUAAUGGUGUUUCAGCAUGCAAUAAUAUUAACAACCCCUCAAUAAGCCUGUCAAAUUAUCACAAAUUAACAAUGCACACCUGCUGACCUUUUUGCAGUAAAAUGCCUCCUCUGAUAAACACAUAUUAUAAAGGGAGAACAUUGUAUUUUGUACAAAUAUUUUAAAAGUAUUAAAAUAAGCCUGUUAUAUGUGUACAUAAAACAGCUGAAUGGAUGGUGAAAAUGUGAUGUGUUUUUUUCCUGAAUAACUAAAUGAAACCAAUAUUAAUGCAAA